UUGGUCCCUGUUUCACUCGCUCCCAUCUUCUACUCGCCAACUCUCGCCGCCAUUUUUUCGUCGCGUUUCCUUCAGUUGAUGCCACUCGCUUCAAGGGCUGCAGACUGGUGCACCUGCCCGCGAUGAUCGCCAAGUUGGUAUCACCGUUGGGCUCCCCCAAGUUGGCUGCCACAACGGCGCAAUUCCGAAAUCGUUUGCCGACCCAAUUUCGGCGCGGCGCGCCUCUCUACAUCGCAGUCGUCGUUUUUGUCCUUUUUCUCCUGAACGUGACACUCUUUCACUCAGGUGUCCAAGACAUAACAUUCGUUCUUCCUCAUGUGCCGACCAAGCACAAUAUUCCCAAGUACACACGCGCCGAGUUCCCACGGAAGAUAUGGCAGACUUGGAAAGUCAACCCGCUCGCUUUUGAGCAACGCGAUCUCGAUACCGCGCGGUCCUGGGUAGGACAGAACCCCUCGUACCGAUACGAAGUCCUUACCGACGGCAACGACAUGCAGUACGUCGAGUGGCACUUUGGCCCCGACGGAUUCAACCGCCCCGACAUUGUCAACUUCUACCGGAGCGUCAAGGCCGCGAUUGUCAAGGCCGAUCUCUUGCGAUACUUGGUCAUGUACGCCGAGGGCGGUCUAUAUGCCGACAUCGACGUUGAAGCACUCAAGCCGCUUUCGAAAUUCGUCCCGGAGCGGUACGACGACGCUGAUGUCGAUAUGGUCAUUGGCGUCGAAAUCGACGAGCCCGACUGGAAGGACCAUCCCAUUCUUGGACCCAAGUCGCGGUCAUUCUGCCAAUGGACCUUCAUGUGCAAGCCGCAACUUCCAGUCAUGAUGAGGCUGAUUGAGCAAAUCAUGACCUGGCUGAGCGGGGUUGCUAAGGAGCAAGGAGUGCCACUUGCCGAAGUGAAGCUCGAUUUCGACCAGAUUAUCAGCGGAACCGGCCCAUCAGCUUUCACCAACGCCAUUAUCGCCGAGAUGAACGAGGCCAACGAGAACCCGGGUAGACCGAUCACCUGGGACGCGUUCCACGAUUUGGGAGAAUCCAAGCUUGUCAGUCGAGUUCUCGUCUUGACCGUCGAGGCCUUUGCUGCUGGCCAGGGCCACUCCAACUCGGGCAACCAUGAUGCGCGCGCCGCCCUGGUAAAGCACCACUACCACGCUUCGAACUGGCCCAGCCGCCACCCGAGAUAUAAGCAUCCGGCAUAUGGUGAGGUCGAACAGUGUAACUGGGUUGACGAGUGUGUCAAGAAAUGGGACGAAAACGUGGCCGCUUGGAGCAAACUUUCGGAAGCCGAACAGAAGAGCAUUCUCGCCGAGAAAGAACGAAAAGAAAAGGAGCGUGAGGAACAGCGGAAGAAGGAGGAAGAGGAGCGCAAGAAAAAAGAUGAGGAAGAACGCAAGAAGAAAGAGGAAGAAGACCGCAAGAAAAAGGAAGAAGAGGAGGCGAAGGCAGCCAAGGAAAAGGCAGCCAAGGCGAAGAAUGCCGGCAAAGGGAGCGAGAAGGCGGCAAAGGACAACAAACCUUAGGAAUGGUUCUGAUGUUCUCCUGCUUGCUUCAUCCGCUCUUUGAGCCUGGCAGUCAACCCAACCUGUUGGGUUGUGGAGAGGCCAGGUCUGGCACUUGGAGGGUAAAACCUCCGUUUUCGGUGCGCGACUGUUCAAUCAGGACACUGGACACCCACGACCGCGAAGGAGAGACGGGAGUUUUCCGCGCCAGUCAAAUCCCACAGGGGGCUUCUCCAACCGGC